UUCACUUUGCCCCAGUCGCCCAUUAUUGCAACAGUCGGCGUGGUAAAGCGAUUACAACGAGUGUUCUCCCCUCACUUCAUGUCCCGGACUCCUUUACUGCCUCGUUCUGAGAGGAUGGCACCGUGGUGUGAGCUGCCGGGGCCGUCUGAUGUCAAAAUUGUCUACAGUUUCAGCAGCACCUGGAUGGUCGUUUCCAGCAUCGACUGACGGACUCACGUGCGACUCCACGUCCCGUGGCGACCUCACGCGGCCAACAUGAGGAAGGUGAAGGUGUUGGAAAUCGUCCUCAGCAACCCCACUGGGGUCUACUUCUCGGGGCAGAUCCUUCAGGGCCACGUCAACAUGGAGCUGGGCGACAACAUCAAGUUGAAAGACAUUCGUCUGGUGGUGCGGGGCAAAGCCUUCGUCCACUGGACCGAGCAGCUGAUGCGAGGGCCAGGCGAGAGCCGCUUUCGCGAGAUACGUCAUCACUCGGCGAGAGAGGACUACGUUGAUUGGUCGCAGUCGCUGCUGGGUAGAGCACCAUCGUCGGGCUCCAGCACCAAGCGCGAGCUGCCAGCCGGCCAGUACACCUACCCGUUCCAGUUCCAGCUACCCAGGAGCGUGCCGACGUCCUUUGAGGGUCAGCACGGGUACCUCCGUUACUGGGUCAAGGUCACCAUUCAGCGGCCUUGGAAUCACGAUGCGUCGGCCAAAAAGGUCUUCACGGUCAUCUACCCGGUGGAUCUGAACCGCGAUCCUUCAGCCAGUGCAGCAGUGCAGUCGCAGAAGCAGAAGAAGUUGUGCUGUCUGUGCUGUCGCUCGGGGCCCGUCACCGCGGUGCUUGCUGUCGCUCAGCGAGGGUUCGUCCCGGGGGAGACCAUCCACGUGCACGGCGAGGUCACCAACAUGUCGAGACGCAAGAUGGCCAGCUCGUCCGUGGAGCUGCUGAUGACGGUGAUGUACCACACGCCCACCAAGUCGCGGGCGAUGACCCAGCAGGUGGGCAAGGUGAAACGUGGCAACAUACCUGCAGGUGACAGCGACCACUGGGAGGCCGAGAAGAUGGUUAUUCCUCCUUUACCGCCAUCGCAUCUUCACGGCUGCAGCAUCAUCGACAUCAAGUAUCAGCUGCAGCUCCGCGUGGAACCAGUCGGUCCGGCCUUUGACCUCAGCGUUCCUCUGGAAAUUGUCAUCGGCACCAUUCCUCUCAACGCCGUCGUUCAGCGGUUCGUGGCUGCCUAUCAGCUGACCCCGCCCACUCCGCACAGACACGCCCUCCCUGCACUUCCGGGUUACGGUCCUGCGCAUGGGCAUCACGGAGCGGCCCCGGAUGUUACUCCAAAACGAAGUCUUCAUCAUUGUGUUCCCCACGGUUUCGCCCCCUACGUCUUCGGCCACACCAGAGCGCGUGACGAGGACGACGACGAGAACACGAGAGGUGACAGUCACUACACCCCCGCCUACACCUACUACACCUGGCAGCCAGACGACCUGCAACAGCGACGACAACAGACAGGUGUCCGCUUUGCGGCCUGAUACGUGAAGACGAGGCUGGUGCUUCUUUGUCAGUUUUCGUGGACUAAAUCACAGGGAGUGACGUCAGUCCCAGGCUAAAGAAACAGCGGAACGACUUGCACGGAACCCGUUGGCCGGUGGACCAGGGUCCAGGAUCUGGGGGCACAGUGGGUGGCUGAUGUCUAACAGCUAAAUGUCAUGUGAAACAGUUGAUAAGCACGUGACACAUUUAGCUGGACACAGUGUCCACUCGACCCCACGUCUUCCAUUGGUCGACUUGAUGUGUCGUGACCAUCAGCACAUCCGUGACAUUCUAGAGACAAACAUGAGAUUAUUCAAUGGACCAACUGGACGACAAGAGAGACUGUUUGAAAAGAUGAGUGUAAGGAAGAAUGUUGUAAGAUAUUUUUCUUAGCCGAGGGUAAAUUAUUUUUCCACUUGCUUGUACAGUGAUACCUCGGUUCUCGAACGCCUUGACUUUCGACCAAAUCGGUAUUCGACCAGGAAA